UAAUAAUAGCUGUGUUGAUGAUGUUGGGUGGGAUGGGUGGGUGUAAACUGUACAUGCAUGGGAGGCGGCCCACACACAUACAAGACCACUAUUUUUUUUUUAGUUUGGUUUGAAAUUACGUAUUUAGAGGAUUGUCGUCUGGGAAGAUUAGGCUACGCAGUGCCUGCCGACCUGAACGAAAUUUUUGCCAAUGUUCAGGUUCGGAGGCGAUUUCGGAGGUCGAACGGUUCGUCAAACGCGGUUGUCGAACCUGGUUGUCAAACGGUCCGAAGAGUUGUCAGACAGCCACGCCCACGAAAAGUCAGACUCGAACAGACUUUCAUCGACUCUAGAUCACGUGACCAAAACCAUUGACGGUUUUCAAACAUCAGGCCAGGCAUUCACCUCAGGAUGGCGUCCACUCGAAGACCUUUGCACCCAUGUUCCGGCUGUGGGAAAGAAGUUCGACCACAGCAACAGGCUAUAUUGUGUGACAGCUGUCACCAGUGGAGACACAGGCUUUGUGUCACAAACAUAACUCAGGCGAUGUACAGACAGAUCAACAAGGAAUUAAAACAGGGUGGAUCCUUUGAUUGGACGUGCCCCAGUGCCCUACCCACCACCCACCAGAGUGCCCAGGCACUAGUGCUUGCAGUUUUACGCCCAGCCAUUCAACAGAAGAAUUGUCUGAUGAGUGCCUAGACAUUAUUGACUGUCUAGAGGAUUCCUUUGAGUCUAUGACCAUAAUAGACAUUAACAGUUCAUUUACGGUCGAUUUACCUAUUGAUCCAGUUAUUCCAGUGCAAGAAAAUUCAAUAGAAAAUGAACCACUGUUACAAGAAAAUCUAACUGAUGAUCGACCAGUGACUUACGAAAUUAUUCCUGGGGGUACAAAACGCGGGAAGCCACGAUUACAUAGUUCUGCUGGAUACAUGUACACAAUAAGAAAAGCAAGUGAAACUGUGACCUAUUGGACUUGCAGCAUUAGGCAAAAGAACAACAAGUGUCCAGCUAGUGUAAUUCAGAGAGGGACAUAUUUCAGAGCAGGAGAACAGGCUCACAACCAUCCUGCCACACCUGGACUCCUUUCUGCCACCACAGUGUCGGUAGCCGUGAAGGAACGCUGUGAACGAGAUCAUUUUACUUCAGCUGCCCAAAUUGUGGAAGAGGAGCUAACGUCAUACAAGCAAGCUCACCCUCACGCCCACCAGCUACCUAAACUACUCAGCCUUGUUAAACAAGGUAAUAGGCAUCGCCAAUCACACCGACCUCACCACCCAACUACUCUGGAUUUUAAAAUAAUGUCUAACAGCCUGCCACCAGAUUUUAUUCAAGCAGAUGUCAAGGUGGAAAGUGAUGUCAACCACAUUUGCUCUCAGCACAUCAUCAUGGCUACCGAGAACCAGAUUCACCUCUUAAGCAAUGUUAAACAGUGGUACAUUGAUGGAACAUUUAAAAUAGUCCGGCAGCCAUUUUAUCAAUUGUUGUCUAUACAUGGCUUCCUUAAAUCAGGUGAACAUGCAAAGCAAGUGCCCCUCCUUUUUGUACUGAUGAGUGGGAAGAAACAGGAGGACUAUACAAGAGUAUUUCAAUCCAUCAAUGGGUUGCUAGAGCCAGACCCAGAGGUGGAAGAAAUAAUAAUGGACUUUGAAGUAGCUCUAUGGAAUACAAUAAGAAACCUGUACCCAUCUGUCCAUGUUCAUGGCUGUACUUUUCACUGGUCUCAAGCCAUGUGGCGAAAAGUGCAACAAGUUGGCCUAUCAACAGCUUACAUAGAGCGUGGACCAGUAUACGACUUCAUACGUCAGCUUUUUGCUCUUCCUUAUCUCCCGAGACGUCAUAUACGACCAGCCUUUGAGACACUGAAAGAGAGAUCACAGCUAUGUGAGCCUACUAGGGAGCUCAUUGAUUAUGUAAGUGAAACUUGGCUCAGUAAUACCGUCUGGUCAGUGGGCAAC